ACCGAGUGAAAUCCGGAAAUUGGAGGUGAAAUAUGAGCGUAGUGUGCGUGCGAAUCCCGGGAAGGUGCACAGUGAGGCUCGGUACAGGUGGAGAGAGAGAGGAGUGUUUGUUGCCAGCAGCGGAACAGAACACCCCGUUGCAUCGGUUAGCGUUCAGUUGAGGACGAAGAGGGGAAAAGAAGCUGUAGACAUCAAUUUCUAAUGUUGGCGUGAGGUUUUCAUUAUGUGGCUCAAGCCUGAAGAAGUGCUGCUGAAAAAUGCUCUCAAGCUCUGGGUGACGGAGAAAUCUAAUGCCUACUUCGUCUUGCAGCGCAGGAGGAGGCAAGGAGACAGCGGUGGAAAACUGUCCGGUUUGCUGGUGGGAGCUUUAGAUGCAGUGCUCGAUUCCAAUGCCCGUGUUGCACCAUUUCGAAUUUUGCAUCAGAUGCCUGGAUCACAGGUGUAUUGGGCCAUAGCUUGUGGUGCCUCUGUGGAAGAAAUUCAUCAACACUGGGAGUGGUUAGAACAGAAUCUUCUGCACACUCUUUCAGUAUUUGACAAUAAAGACGAUGUUAUUAGUUUUGUCCAUGGUAAAGUGAAGGGUCUUAUUGCUGAAGAAACCAGGAGCAAAUUGGCAGAACAGGAAGAAGAUCCUGAGAAGUUUCGGGAGGCUUUGGUGAAGUUUGAGACCCGAUUUAAUUUCCCAGACUUGGAAAAACUGGUGACCUAUUAUUCAUGUUGCUGCUGGAAGGGGCGGGUUCCCCGUCAGGGCUGGAUUUACCUGAGCAUCAAUCAUCUCUGUUUUUAUUCUUUCUUGUUGGGUAAAGAAGUGAAACUGAUUAUCCCCUGGGCUGAUGUGAAAAGACUAGAAAGAACUUCAAAUACCCUUAUCACAGGAAUAGUUCGAGUAACCACACAAAGUAAAGAACGUGAUUUCUCUAUGUUUCUCAACAUUGAUGAAACUUUCAGGCUUAUGGAACUGUUGGCAGAUGUGACCAUCCGAAGGUUGCUGGACAAUGAAGCAUUUGAAUUGGAUCCUCCUUUACAAGAACCUACACAACUCACAAAGAAAGAUCUUGAAGCUAGGAUGCAAAAUGAGUAUUUCCGGGCAUGUUUUAGACUCUCGCAGGCAGAGAAGCUGACCAAGAUAGUGCACUGUUUCCUGUGGACGCCGUAUAACCAAUGUCACACUGCAGGGAAGUUGUAUAUUUCAGAAAACUACAUAUGUUAUGCCAGCAAAGAAGAAAAUGACUGUUAUGUGAUCAUUCCACUCCAAGAGGUGGUGACGGUGGAAAAGAUGGAGGACACUAGUCUCCUGCCCAAACCAAUUAUUGUCAGCAUUAAAAGUAAGAGGGUAUUUCAAUUUACAGAAAUUGAAAAUAGGGAACACCUUGUGGAGCAACUAAACAAACGUCUUCAAUUUCUAAAAGGAGGAAAGCCUGCUUGCAUUCAUAAGCCUAGAGUUGAAGAAAAGGUCUCCUCAGAAUCUACAUGUUGUCCUGAAAAAGUCUGUACCACUAACACUGCACUAGAUUCACUUGUGAACACUCCAAGUAUCAAAAAAGAGCCUAGACAUUCGUUAAACUCAGAGGCUUUAAUGGCACACUUCCACCUGAUUGAAACUGAAGGUGGAAAAUCUAAAAUGGAAAUGGAGAAAGCAAAGAAUCAAUUAUGGUACGACCAUUUUGUGGAAUAUGGACACACAGUCAGUAUGUUUCGGACAGAGAAAAUAAGAAAGCUGGUUGCAAUGGGAGUUCCACAGUGUCUUCGAGGACAGCUAUGGCUUCAAUUUUCAGAUGCUGUGACUGAUUUAGCUUCACAUCCUGAUUACUAUGCGAAUCUGGUAGAUGAAUCUAUGGGCAAAUGUUGCAUGGCAACAGAAGAAAUUGAACGUGAUCUGCAUCGUUCUCUCCCUGAGCAUCCAGCUUUUCAGAGUGACACAGGCAUUGCAGCACUACGGAGAGUACUGACAGCAUAUGCAUACAGAAAUCCCAAGAUAGGCUAUUGCCAGUCUAUGAAUAUUCUGACUUCUGUAUUAUUACUAUAUGCAAAAGAGGAAGAAGCUUUUUGGUUACUUGUUGCUGUCUGUGAGAAAAUGCUCCCAGAUUACUUCAACCGUCGAGUUAUUGGUGCUCAGGUAGAUCAAGCUGUAUUUGAAGAACUUAUAAAAGAACAUUUACCAGAGCUGGCUGAACAUGUGACAGACUUGUCUUGUUUAGCGUCCAUUUCCCUCUCCUGGUUCCUGACCCUUUUCCUUAGUAUUAUACCCCUUGAGAGUGCACUAAAUGUUGUUGACUGUUUCUUUUAUGAUGGAAUAAAGGUGAUUUUCCAAGUGGGCUUGGCUAUACUAGAUGCCAAUACACAAGAGUUGUGUAGCUGCACAGACGAUGGACAAGUCUUGAUAAUCCUUAGCAGGUUUCUUGAUCAUAUCACAAACAAAGAGAGUCCAUUGCCCCAAAUUUCUCAGCAACAUGUCCUUAGCGAUGAUAAAGAUCCUGUACAGCAAGUGGAAAUAUCUGAUCUAAUAAGAGACUCCUAUGAGAAAUUUGGAGAGCUUCACAUAGGACAAAUCGAGCAAAUGCGCUGCAGACACCGAAUACGAGUGCUACAGAACUUAGAAGAUACCACUAAACAAAAUGUGCUUAGAGUUGUGGCAGCAGAAGUUUCAUUUAGUACUGAAGGGCUGGGAGACCUCUACGACCUUUUCAAGAGAGAAUAUCUUUUAGCCUGUUACUGGGGUGGAAAUGAGUCAGCAGCGUUGCAUCAUGAUCCCAGCCUCCCAUAUCUGGAACAAUACAAAAUAAAUAGUUUCCAGUUCAGCAACCUCUUCUGUCUUCUAAGCCCCUGGUCGUGGGGUACCCAUACAGAUCUUUUAGCCCAGAGGACGUUCCGCAUACUUGAUGAAAAUGAAGAUUCUCUAAUUGAUUUUAAAGAAUUGGUCAGUUGUUUAGAAAUAAUGUACAAUGGAGACAUCAGUGAAAAACUCAGAUUGUUAUAUAGGCUGCACAUUCCACCAGCCUACAAUGAUGAUGACAUAGAUAACCUAUCUCCUUUGAGGACAACCUUUGUUUCUGAUGUACAACCUGAUUACCUCAACAAAUCAAACUGUGGAUCAACCAAUUACCAACACCAAUUGAAAAAAAUGCUUGAAGAUUUGGUUAAAAGAAAAAAGGAAGCCACAAAAGAUCUUUCAUUGAUGAAUCAGAGAGAGUUCAUCCAGUUUUGCAAGACAUUAUACAGUAUGUUUCGAGAAGAUCCAGAAGAAAACAGUCUUUACCAAGCUAUUGCUACAGUCACUACUCUUCUACUGCAGAUUGGGGAGGCGGGACAAAAAAUACGUAGUUCAGGAAGUAUUUCCAAACUGCCUGCAAGUUCUAAAGAAACAGAAGUACUGACACCUACAGAUGGAGCAGAUGCUGUGUUUGAAGGAGUGGAUAUGGGCCUGAAAAAUAAUCCUCCACCUUCACAGUCUGGAGAGGAUGACUGGAGUGUGUCCUUUGAGCAAAUUUUGGCUUCACUGUUGACUGAACAAUGUUUGGUGAACUUUUUUGAAAGGUCAGUAGCUGUAAAAAGUAAACUCCUUCAUGCAAAAGCAAAUCAGUAUCAACAGAGAAUUAAUCAGACAAUCCACUAGCCUUUUGAAUAUUUGUUUCAACGCUGGCAGUUGAAACCUUGAAGUUCCACUGUAAAUAAGUAUGUGCUGUCCUAAAUGUCUGGGUACAUGUCCAAGUUUACAGAUUGUAUGUGCAAUUUUGAAUAAAUGCAUUU